AUGUCCCGAUUCCCAGCGCUAAACUACACCAAACCUGAUGACCUGAAGGUUGUCAUGAGCCUUGUUGAAGAGCUCUCUUCCAUUCUUAAUGAGAAUCAUGUUGCUGCAAACGAACUUUUGGUCUGUGCUGAUUCACUAGACACAGAUGAUGAUGACGAAACAGAUAGCGAAAGCACUUCUGGUGCGCCACUAGCCAAUACACCUUCCAAAAAGACCCAUCCCAAUAGCUCAGAAAACGAAUCUUUAAACAAAAGACCCAAUUCUGCAGCUUCAUUUUCUACAACAGACACUGAGUUGAAUGACCCACUGACAGGCUCUUCUAUAAACCAGGUUUCUUCACUUUUGGCCCGCGAAAACGCGUCACUCAUAUCACAAGUUUCCGCGCAGCGCGACCGCAAUAGGGCGCUGGCUCGCCUUCUCGAAGUUUCGCAGCACAUGAUUGAACAGGCGGUCACAGGGUUGCGCACUCUUGUGCAUUCACACACCGAGGAAUCGCUUGAGAUUCAUAAGCGUUAUGUUGCUGCUAUCCACGCUGAACAGGGCGUUUCUAUAGAGAUGGAACUCCAAAAUGCAGAGCUUGAAACUCGAUGUCUUGCAAUGUCAAAUUCUCUACGUGAUACCCUCCGGAUAUCUUCGGUCCCCGCUGGAAAGCAUUCACUAGAAACUGCUUCAGUCACCAAAACAGGGCGAAAAACAGUGGAAGAGACUGCUAAUGGACGAGCAUCGUGGCUGGAACAUGAUGGCGACUAUACCAAAACUGCAGACUACGUGAUGGGCAUUUUGAAUUCUUUGAAGGAUGGCGCUGAUGAUUUGAAGAACCCACAGACUUUGUUCCAUAGACCGGAGCUGGAAGAACAAAAGAAGAGAGAGCAGCAACAAUUAGAGCUACAGCAGCUUCAACAACAGCAACAGCAGCAAUACAUGCAAGAAGCAGAUCAGUUGGAAUAUUACCAAUAA